CAGAGCUUGUCGAUAAGGAAAACUACCCAAAUUUACAACUCUUGCGUUAACACAACUGCUAUUAAUAACCGAGGAAUAGCACCUUUGGUAAGCUUGAUAGAGAAGUACGGUGGCUGGACAGUAACCGGAAAAGGACUGAACUCCUGGACAGUGCAAGAAAAAAUGGGACACAUUCAAAGAGAUCUGAAUGUGCAGACUUUGCUUUCAGUAUCGGUCAGGACGGAUUUCGUGGAUUCCACCCGUAAUAUUCUUAUGGUAUGCAAAACAGUUAACGAGUCGGUCAGUGGCAUUGCACUGAUUGGUUUCUUUUAGUUUGCAGAUUAUAUAUCUUUUUAAACGGCCACUGAACCUGUGGACACUGGGAGCUUUCAUACCAGGUCACUGAAUAAGAUACCGCAAAGCUGCCAAAAAAAAAUCGCGCCAAACCGCAAACUACACAGAACUACCAAAACAACUACUGUUUUCGGAAAUUUUCUUUUUGCUUACAUGACCAAAAACCACACUCAAUACUUAAUCGGAAGCGCUCUUUAGAUGUUGGUUGAAACCGAACACCCACUACUAAAAUAACCGAAAACCACAAAACCCGCAAGAAGCAAAACUUAUCGAACAAACGAUCCCAAAAAUGGCCACGUCCGUCAUCUACAAUUUUCACUGCACUGCAUUACCCGGUAAGAAGCUCCGGAGGUAGGCAGGUAAUCGACUUUAUUCAACUUAAUAUAAGAAGCGAAUCACAUAACAAGCAAAUCACAUAAGACAGCUGUCUUUUAACUGACGAACCUGUGGUCAGGAACGAGAAUCGGACCACACCGUCAGCGUAGGUCUCUUUUUUAACAGCACAUGCUCAGUAAGGGUGGUUGUUACAAUACUUUAUAAAUCAGAUUUUAUCGAGCUUUUAUGGUAUGCGAAUUUAAAAUAUCGGCUAACAUUUUGGUGGUUCUUUCAAAUCUAUUUACUAGAUUAGCCCCUCAGUGCUAGGAAUGAGUGCGAGCUACUAUAACAAAUACACAGUGGAUUCUGAGAUAUUAAAGGUUGGUAUGAGAAACAUUCACUUCAGAAAAAAAUCUUGCUGUCAGUUUGCGAAACUACUCAUCUGUACAUCGUACGAUCUUCAUUAAGAAGGAAGACAACUGAUGGACUACGUCCACUAAAGACUUAAUUUAUUGAAGUACAAAUCAGUUUACAUUUCAUCAGUGUCGUUACAAAUGCAGUAAAUAAAGCUUCUUGGUUGAAGAUCAUUGAUAUUUAUAAUAUCUAACUACCUCUUUUGCACAAAAAACAUCAUAGCCUAUGUGAAAAAAUGCGCAUGAGAUAAGGCAGUCUCCAGCGUGCAGACUCAUUGUGACUCUCUUCCAUAAUAGUAUUUCCCAGAAGAAGAAUCCAGCUUUUUUUUGAAAUAAAAAGAGGCGGUUUUUGUAGUUAAUAAAAGCUGAAUGAAGCCUCACAAGGUCAGUUCGGAACAAGCACUAGUUAAAAUACUUGAGCGAGAGAUCAGCUGCCUUUAGGACCAAUUUGCCUUUCCCAAGGUGGUUCGAAAACAUGGAAUCAGCCCACUUGUGUAUUAUAUCGCACAUGUGAAAUGAAACAAUGAGUAGAGAUCUCUAUAUUAAAACUUUAUUAGUGAAUAUUUUGAUAUUCAUUUAUUAGUUGAGAGGGAGACUAUUUAAAAAUUAACUCUUCUGUUUGAUGAUUUAUCAAUCCAGCCGAUUUAUACUGGGAUUCACUAAGGUCCCGCGGGGUACCCCCUAUUAUGGCCUAUACGUUGAGGCUCCGCCCGAAAGGGUUACCUUUUUCAGGCUUCAGGUAUAUGAACACGAAAGCUUCGGCUACUUUGGUCACUGAGCACAAAUCAACAAACUUGUAUAUAUUUUUCAUUAUUUGUUAACCUACUGAUUCUGUAAGCCAUCUUAUACUGUAUCAACUUGAAUAGUGCGAAAUAAACUUGAACCUUGAACCUUAAAAGGGUAGGGAUUUCACUAGUUUAAGUACGUAAAAGGAUAUGGAAAUCUGUCAUUUGGAUCCGCUGUAAAAGGACACAAAAAGGGCUAACAGAUGAAUUUUAUGGCUUUAAAAAGUCGAGAAAACGUUCUGGUCUUGUGAUUGAUUCCUAUUUAAUAGCCAAUAGAAAGAAUACGAAAGGGGUAGUUUUUCUGUCAAAAACGGUGUACAAAAUUGUAAAAAAGAAAAUGUUGAGGGGAACCUCAGUCCCCGGGGACAGAGGUUCACGAGUGACUCCAAUUCUACCCAUUAAUUUCUCCAAACGUUAACGCAUAAUAGUAACUGAAUUUUACUUUUUUUCUUUAACUUAAGAUUCAACGCGCGUACAAAAAGUACAUGAAAACCAUUGCAGGUUUACUUGGAGGAGGAUCUGAUGCAAAGCAGAAGAUGAUGCGUAUAUAUAACUUCGAAAGAGACAUUGCCAAUGUAAGUUAUCUUUCGGAUAUCAUAAAAUAUUGAAGGAGGAACGACUCUUAAACUAUUGUUGCCCUUGUGCAAAAAUCUAACUGUCCGAGCCGUUCAUCGGUGAGAUGCUUAAAUUGUGUGCAAUGGACUGAACCUUCCACAGUCUUUUCAACUUUUGACGUGAAACAUUUUGUGACGUUUCGGAAUUAUAUCUUUGCUCGCUUCAGACCCAAGACGUUCAAGCUUUGCAACUUUACUAAUUUUUUUUAAGCGAUAGCAUCCAGCUGAGUUCAUAGCUGGUUGAAAUCAAAACUUGAAAAUACAAUGGCAAUGUCUAUACCGUGCAUGCUCCCUUCAUGGUACGCUGCGAACCCUUCAUUCCUGUUUCGGAAUAAAGCAUUAGACAUUGCAGCAUCGACUGAUUUAAUAGAAUACACCUGCUAAUCCGUGAAUGUCCUAUCUACUAUACAAUGACCCUCUUUAUCUUCUCCAGUUGGCCACUGGCAAAGCAUUCUCAUAUGACAUGGUAGAAUCCCUUGAGCAGUACUAUCAUUCGAGACGAUCCUUGGGCUCAUCAUUGGACAAGACCGUACGUCAAUUUUGCUCGGACUCAACUUUCGAAGUACGUACGUAAAUUAAUAUGGAGACUCCCAGGAGACUCAGGAUACUUUUCAGUAUUUUUUUAGGAAUACUUGUUCCGAAAUUCCAAGAACCUCUAUAGCUUUUAUGCUUUGUUUUCCCAAUACAGGUCAUGUGAUAGUACUCUAAGGAACUGUUUCUUUCAAAUUUCGUCUUAUUCACGUGCUUAUCUACGCAUAAUUUGGUGAUAAAUUCAAACUUUCUAGGUUAGGAAUUCUGCUCUAACGAUUUCUUUGAAACUUAUUUGGCAUAGUUAUUACAUCAAUAAAAGCCGGUACCAGAAAUUUCAGGAAAAAAUAUAUGGAAAUUUUUUUUACAAAAACGCAAUUUUAUUUGAACGUAGAAAAUAUAGUAUUAUUACCAGUAUUAUACUACUACAUGAUAAAUUUCUGCAAUUUGAUUGGCUUAGAGCAGUGUUAUUUCAGCUUAAUUUGAAAUACCUACAUGUGAAAAUUACAAAUCUUUUGCGGGUAGUAGUAUAAACAAAUUAAAGCAUGAUUUGAACGUGAUAUUUGGCAUAAAUACCACCCGUGAUAUUUCAAAAUUGUCUCAAAUUUGACUCGCCUAACGGCUCGUGAAAUUACCGCGUAUAACAAUUUCGAAAUAUCACUAGUGGUAUUUAUGCCAAAUAUCACUACAAAUCAUGCUAUUACCUAUGCAAAUAGGAAUGUUUCAUAUUACUGGUGAAUAAUAUCUGAAGGUUUUCCAAAGUAUCGUAGCCAUCGCGUUAGAAACAAAAAAGCUAUGACAAAAAGUUCGUCAUAGCUCGAACUUGCAGAUUCAAAAUGGUGAAUAACAAUCUUCUGUUUUCUACUUUGCUGGCACUUAUUUCCAGUCAUGUUGCAGGCAAUGAAAUCAAUAUUUUCGGUUUUGACUACAACAACACGCCAUUUUAGAAGUAGGCUAAAUCCUAUGCAGAUUGUGGAAUCGUUUGGUUCGAAACGAAGGCGCGCAAAAGGGCUUCGAUCUCAAACUCGUGCAAGACGAUUUUGGGUUUGGCAGGGCUUACAAGUGCCUGAUGGGACAAUUAACAUACAGGCAAGCCUGGCCAUUGAAGAAAACUGAAAACAAAACAAGUAGUUUAAUAGGAAAUGUAUUCCUAACGAUGGGUGAAUCCAAACCGGAACAACCUCACCGCGUCGGAAUUUGUGUGGGUUGGAAAUAUUGGUAAGCGAUUUCAGUUUACCUGGAUUACUGGAUUGGUGUGGACCGGGCCUUAAUUGCAAGCGCAAUCGUCUACAAGAAUUCGCAGAUGCGUCGGAUCCAAAAAAAAACACUACCAGAUAGCAGUUCAAAAAAGAUAGGCUUCGAUGAGUCCCGGGCGAGAGAGUGGAUUCACUGGUUUCAUGUGGAUGAAAGGCCGAUUUGUGUAAAACAAUAUGCAGUUUCAAACAUUUCCAGAUUCAUGUGGACAGGGGGGUUACUGCGGAACAACUUCUCCCCAAGGGUUUUGCCUUUCUUUUUCUCAUCAAUCCAGAUUUUUUUUACGGCAUUAAUUUCACUCUUGGUACUAAAUUUUCAACUAAUACUAUUUUUUUCCAUCCGCAGUUAAGUUUUAUCCUGGGCUUCUUAAACACUGCGUUUUCGAACCAGGGAAUUACUUUCAACUCUUGGGAAAGCGUUUUUUACGGGUCUUCAUCUAUCUUCUCCGACAUUGCUUUGACCUAUCAGACUACGUAAGUAUAAAUGCUGGUGGUACUUGUUUAUCACUACUUUAUUUAAUUAACAGAUAGAUAAAUACGAGUAGCGUUUUAUGAAUAGCACUGUCGGAGUCGUGUCUACGGAGUCAAAUGUUUCCGUCAGUGUUAAACUUUAAAGUGAAGAUAUGAUCGUCGCAGUGGUAAUUGCAAUUUAAGCAAUUGCAAAUUAAUCCGAACUUCAACGGGAUUCGAACCCAUGAGCUAUGAAGACCCAUCCAUUGGGAACAGGCUAAUUUGUUGAGUUUACGUGUAAAACAUUUUUGCGUAUUUCUGGAAUUCGUUUCUAUACAAUAAACAUCCGUGCGCACUGCCCUUCUCGACGAUGUUCCGAUUUAUUGUGACGAAUUUUCCCCUUCUCUAACCAAUAAGUGCGCUGUUUUAAACUCGAAGAAGAGAGGGUCUUGUCGGAUUACACCUUUAACUAAAAAGGCGCCAAUAAAGAGAUCAGUAAUUAGUGAUAACAACAAAAACAUAAACAAGAUACGAUAUCAUAAUAGACAGCCCAAAGUCAAUGACGAGUGUUUGCCUGCCUACAAAAUUGAAAAAUACGAUACUUGAAAGUUUAUACACAACCAGAGCUGGGUUGCAUAAGGAAACCUUAACAUUGCGACUACUCAGACGUUUUGUUCCAAAACAAUAGAUUAAUAUUCCUGAAUAAUGCUCAAUAGCUCUCGAAGAAGAACGUUUUAUGUAACCAGUUCCCUACAUGUCUAACGCGCAGCCAUUCAUGGUGAUAUUUGCUUUAAUUAGAUCCCAAGACAUUAUCAAGGACUACAUAAUGUGGCGAGUUGUUUCCCGGUACGUUUCGUCAAUGCCUGAUGUAUUUGUUCAGGCUGAGCUUGAGUUUGUCAAGACUGUGGCUGGGGCGCGAGAAUAUCAAAGAUGGUCUGUUUGUAUUGAGCAAAUGAUGACACCAAUGGACAUGACUCUGGGGAGGAUGUAUGUUGAUGCACAUUUUGACGAAGCAACUAAAACAACGGUAAAGUGACUCCUUUGAUUUAACGAGUUUUGAGUGUAAAGCAGCCGUAUUUUGGGGCUGGUCAUAGGAAGAUUUGGAAACAGAGUGUGAGACUGGGCAGAGACGGACGUGUGAGGAAACGCACGAAAAUUUUGUAGCGGUUCUCGGUCCAUGCGUACGGCGAUUAGGAGAGAAGGUGUUUCUAUACCAUACCGAAUAUAGUUUUAAGUAAAGUCGACAUUUAGCCAUAACAACAGUAAACAAAAAUCUUUGAAAUCAGUUAAAGACGAAUUUCGCGACACCUACACCUGCUAUAUUUGAGUUUUUUAGUUUUCCCACGUGUUAGGUGGAAGUACAAGUCUUUGAAACAGGAAAAUAAAUGAUAAAGAAGCUAUGAAUUAUUGGUCGAAACGGUGCAAAAUAAAAAGUAGAUCGUGACGAACUGAAGAUUACUUGACCACGGGACACUGGUAUCAUGCACUUGAUUUGAGUUUAUCUAUUGCACUACAUGUCGAUUAACGUUGUUUUAGUAUUGUUUCUUUUAUUUCAGUCGCUGAUCAGGUGUAUGUGUGUGUAGUUGCUUUGACACUUGCUCCUGUUAGCAUCUGAUUUUGUAAAAAAUUCUCUCUUUUUGUUUUAGGUUCAGGAAAUGACGACUCUUAUCCGCAAAGCCUUUAUCAGUAACCUCGAUUCAGCGGAUUGGAUGGAUAAUAGAACAAAAAAGGCUGCCAAAGAAAAGGUGGGGCUCAAUAUGUAUACACAGAAGAAAUUUGCCUGAAUUUCAGUGUCUCCGAAACACUUUGAUUUACACCUAAGGCUCCUUGAAACCUCAUUUUAAAAUUUUCCGAGUCUGCUCCAUAAUCUAUUAGAUACUUCUGCUCUAAGUGAUCAUACAUUUUUAUCUUGUUGCCAAAGGUGCUAUUUCUAACAAAUUUUAAAAAUGAAAGCUUGGCUUGAACAGACGACAUUUAACAUUGAUAAUUCAAAGGCCAUUAUGUCACGCAUUGGGUUUGGUUGGGGGGCAAAAAGAAAAACAUUCUGAUUAUUCCCCAAAGAGGAAAGCAAAAAGCUCUGUUUUUCCACCAAGGACCUGAUAGGAGAGCAAACUUGUUUUCCUAUUCACCAGUCUCCCUCGCUCCCACUUCUCAAAUAACCUCUUGACAGUCUAAAGGCGCUACUGUUGAUCCUCUAGCAAGCUAGGCUGAGAUUUGUCACUAAUUAUUAAUACAGUGACAUACUCCUGAAGAAGAUUUGGUCGGCUUUAUCUUUUAGAGACGAUUAUCAAAAAAACAGAUGAAAUCACACAGGCUAAUGGUUCUCUAAGUUACAUUGUACACAUCACAAAAUAAAUUCUAUAACUCCAAUUGGUUCAGCUAUUGUUUGUUAAUCAGUUGUAAAGUUCAGGGUCGCCAACUUUUGAGAUCUGGACCCUGACCAGGCAGUCUUUCGGCACUAACACCUAUUAUUAAAACCUGAAUCAUUGGAUCUAGAGCUCUGAUUGGCUUAGCCAUCUUGGUAUAUGAGCCAUUAUACCAUGCUCUUCAAAUAUGACAACUGUACGCGUCUGCUCAAAAUGAAAAACACGCUGAAAAUCGGUUGUUUUUACAUAUUAAGGCGAGAAGAAUUCUCGAUAUUUUGUGGGCGUUUAUAAUAAAACAAUUAUUCCACUCGCGCUUGUUGGAAAUGAGAUGAUUGUAGCCAACUCUUAUCCAACGCGCACUCGUGGAAUAAUUGUUAAAUAACGGCACUAACACCUUAUAAAAUAUAAUCAUUGCAGGCAAAUGCUAUAAAGGAGGAUGUUGGAUACCCACUAUACAUCAAAAACGACACAAAACUUGACGAACAUUACUCCAUGGUAAUAUAAACUCUUCCAUUAUUAAGGUUUUUCAUAAUUUAGCCGAAUCACGUUCCCUCAACAUUUUUUGUUGCCUGUUUGUAAACAAUAGAGAGCUUUAGAUUCUGAAACAAGGACGACUACAAGUACGAGAUUUUCUCAAUACUGAGUAUUGCUCACGCGUGAACCAAAGUUAUUUUGGCGGGAAAACGUGAUAGUCGUCGUCAUUCUACCACGCGUUUUAGCGCUGGAGAUAACCUGAGAUCACGCUCUAUUUUCGGAUCAUUCACGAAAACAUGCAGGGACGCGAGGAAUAAGCGCUUUCAACUUCCGUUGAAUUCAACAGCCAAUCAGAUCCUGAGGUAUUGUUCCAACAGCCACUCAGCGUUACGGCCAAAAUCUGACCGCAGUGAGCACAAACGUGAUAGAGUUUGUAUCAGGCGCAAUUUAAGCAGUAGCCGUUAGAGAGAAUGUAUGAGAACCGCUAAAAUUGGGCCUGAUCUCAGGUUACGCUGGAGAAUGUCGUAGUGCCGGGAACAAGUUAUCAAAUGUAAAGUGUCUUAUCAUUCUGCUAUCGGAAGAGGGCUUAUUAACCUCCUUCAGUGUAAAUAACAGUACUCUUGGGUUAAAACCUUUCUGAGUACUAACUUUCUUAGUGAAAAAAAGUAAAUCUAAGCUUUCCGGAGUGUCCUUUUUUUAGAACACGCACAAAAACUUUAAGUUAAAUCUCGUACUCGUACUCGUUAUGGUCCUCAAAUCUAAAGCUCUCUAUUGGCUAGGUAGUGGUGUCUUUUCCUUUCGGUCAUGUGACACGGAGUGCAAAGAGAAGUCGCGAUUUAGUGGCAUUGAUUAACCUUAAUAUCAGACUUUAUUGGGUAGAAAGGAAACAUUGUCUUUUUCAAGUCUCUUCUUCCUUAACCGGCCCUAAGAAAGCAGGGGCGUAACCAGCAAGCAGUGCAACAUAGGGCUGCUUGAUUUUGCGCCUUUUAUCUCAGUCGCCCCUUUAAUUUUCAAGUUUUUUAACCUACACGAGCAACAGAAACUGGUCCUCCUAUCACGUGGCUAAUCUCUGCAGAAUCUAACAAUUACAAAGAACACUAGGAACCCUCCCUUCAUGAUUACUUAUUGUCUUGUCUGGUUUUAUACGAUUAUUUUCUUUCCUUUUGUUUUACAAAAUCACCAGCUGACAGUCGAUGACAAUUAUUUUGAAAACACAGUAGCAAUGAACAAGAUGCUAGUCCAAAAAAACUUUGGAAUGCUUCGUCACCCAGUCAACAAUGAUUUGUAAGUAAAAUGUUGCGGCUUGUCAACCUAUUUCAGCGAAAGAGCGCUUAAGUUUGAUUGAGGAUGUGUUUGAUUUAAUACUCCAGAUCUAGAGUUAAUCUAUAUCCGUAAAAUAGGACCUUGGGGAGAAACACCCAUACAAGUCGUUCAGCUAUCUUUCAAAUGUUGUUUCAUAUUAGUCAGGCAUCAUAUUCCUAAACAUUCUGACCAAGGCAGUUCAUUCACAACAAUAAAAUUAAUUGCUUUCCUCAAAGAAGCCACUUCUCUAUUUAACUGUAACUAAAACACUACGAAUGAUAAUAACCUAAACAAAAUGAAGCCAUAAAAGUCCAAAUAGCCUGGUAAGAAUUUUAGAUUCUAAAUCAACUACCAACAGUCAAAAUCACAUACCACUCGCUCAUACAUAUAUUUUCAUUCUGAUUUUAAAAGAAAAAUUAUAUAUAUAUGUUCUUCUAGGUGGGGAAUGGGCCCUGCACAAAUCAACGGAUAUUAUAAUCCACAGCAAAAUCGGAUAGGUAUGUGGGAGUUUCCAGUCCGGGCAUUUUAUAGCUGAUACCACUUUCCGAGAUCGUUUAAAAUAAAAAUGUCUAAUAUGAUUUACUUAAUUAGACUCUAUCUUAUUAUAAUGAAAACAAAAACCAAAAACAUUAACAAACAAAAAAAAGAAGAGAAACGUUUUAACUAGAGGCCAGUGUACAAUAUCAGUUAGCAUUGCUCUACUUAGCAUUGCUCUACAGAAUGAUCCGAUCUAGAACUUGAAGGGUCGUGAGUUCAAGUCUCAAUUGGAGCUCAGAAUUUACUGCAGACUAUUGCGAGCUUUCUGGUAUUUAAGGGGCAGUCUGGUCAAAAGCAUUGUUUUUGGUUGAUUUCCACCCUUUUUCUUAAAUAUCUAUUUAAGAUUUCAUUCAAUCAAAAAAUUACUCAGUUCAGUUGGAGUCCUUUUAAUUCAAUAAUAUUUUGGAUUUGUGAGACAAAUACCAGAUAGUUCAACACCAGAACAAGGUGCCUAAUUGGUUUAUGUGUAUGCUUUUUCUAACCUAAUUUAUUUCCUUCCAAAAUCAACAUCAUUUCCCGCCCAAAAAACAACUGUAGUGCCCCCUUAAUUUCUCCUUCUUCCAAAGUAGAAUACAGCAUAGGAGAAUGAUAUUUACACACACGACCAUAAGUCUUGUAACUAUAGUUGAGACGGACCAAUCGGCAAUGGUAUCUCAUUGCCGUCUGUCCUGUUUAAUUUUUGUUGCUUUUUUUAAAGUAUUUUUGGCAGGAAUCCUGCAAUCACCUUUUUACAAGAAAAAUACCCCAAAGUAAGUGACAUGAAGUGAAUAACCUGUGAACGCUCAACGAGUCGACAUUUUGAGACUGUAAAACUGUUUUUAAAUUACAGAGGGGAGAUAAAUGACUCCAGAGAGAUAUUUCUGAGUAUUAUUUUGAUUAAAAAAAUGCAAAAAAGGUAACCACGAUGCUGGGAAACCUAGUUCAAAUGGUCGUUCCACACACGCCCUUUCUGACUGAGACCCUAAAAUGUGGACUACUCGUAGUCUAUCACGGAGAGAACGGCGUCUUUUUAACACGUGAUCCACGGAUUCUCUUCUUGGCGUUGGCUUAGUGUUUGCUUAGUCUCGAAUACUAAACGUUUUGGAUCAUUUUUUCAACUUGGCCGGGUUAAUUAUUUCCGUAAAUCUCAGUAUAUGUCCACUCUGAAGGAAAAGUGUCCAUUCUUGAGGAGAUAGGGACAGUAUGUCCAUUAGGCACAUGUCAUCGUUCACCAAAUCAAACGUCAGGGUUCAGGACCAAGAAAGAAUAAAUUCAGACGAAUAAAUUUGAUGGAUUCAAACCAUAUAUAACGAAGUGUAAGGGACUGGGAAAUUUUGUUUGUGAGACCGAGGGGGUACGUCACACCGGGAUACUGUUCCGUACAUGACUGCAAAUAUGCUGAAGAAAAUUGCUCGUCAGUUUACACUGGGGUGGAGUUAUUCGUUACGUCCGGGGUUUUAGGUGUUCGCCAUCAUAUGUUUUAUUACUGUUAUGAAACAAAUUAUACCGUUUUCUUUCCAGGUAUCUCAAUUAUGGUUCACUAGCAACGGUCAUUGGACAUGAAAUUACCCACGGAUUCGACAAUAGAGGUAUUUAUAUUUCUAGAUGCUAGAGGCAUAAAAGUGCACGACACUAUAUAUAAUACAUCAAACUUUAUGAACAUGACACGUUACGAAUUGCUAGGGAGAUCACUUUUUUUUUCACUUUUUGUGGAAAAAGAAGGCAACAGCAGAUCACACUGUUUUAUAUUUCAUAUAGUCAAUUGUGAAACAUAGUUAUGUCCUUCUAUUUUCUUUAAGUUCGGACAUGGGAAAAUUGUUUUCAUUCGUUUUCAACAAUAACAUCAACCAUUUUCACUGCCUACUUCUAAGUUUCUUGGUAAAAUUUCGCGUGCAUCUCAGCAUGACAGGGGAAAAAUGCGCCCUCGUUGCACCUUUGCCAUUAUCCAUGCUGUACUCUUGUAGAACACAGAUUCUCGACCAAUGAGCCUGCAAGAAUUUCUACUCUAAUUGUUAAAUAUCAAGCUAUUCCGAUAGUUCAUAUCUCUGUCUUUUUUAGGUCGUCUUUUUGAUAGAAACGGGAAUGUUAAGGAUUGGUGGUCUUACUAUUCGAGUUCAAACUUCAAAUACAGGAGCAAGUGUCUUGUUAAUCAGUACGGCGACUACGAAGUGUUUGGAAAAUACGUAAGUAGAGCAAUAAAUUUAAGGGCAAGGAUUUUCCAAUUGAAGGCUCUUGUGUCAUUAAAAUAUUUAAACUAAUCCCAAUAAACCAUAGUAAUAAAGCUAAAAAAAUACAACUUUUGGCUGAGAUGCAAAAGUACAAGAUAAGCAGGUGGUUAGAAUUGUCGAGGUAUCGUACUUUCUCCCAAUGUUAAACACUCCCUGCACCCCUUACCCCCUCGCUACCAUCACCAUCAUUUCAGGGUAUUGAAAGCCCCUUACGUUUGCACUCAUCUCUGUUUUCCCUGUAAAUGCUAUUAAACUUGUGAUAAAAAUCUCUACUAGAAAUGCAAGUUCUCUUCUGGAUAGGUUGUUCUCACAGGCCAAAAAUGUGUUGCCUCGUUGAAAAGACAACCCGGGGAAGAGGUCAAAAAAUACGUCGCCGGUUACCGGGUUGCAGAGGGGGGCAGAAUGGUAACAGCUUGAAUGAAAUGUACUGUCUUACAAUUAUAGGGUUCCAAACAGUUAAAAGUAUCAACACCUUUAUAAUAAUUUCGUAUUGUACUUAUUACAUUAUUGAUUAUUUUUCAUGCAGAUAGAUGGUCAACAGACGUUGGGUGAAAACAUUGCUGACAACGGAGGGAUAAAACUAGCAUACGAAGUAAGUUGGCAUAUGAAAAAAGAUGAUCAUUAGUUGAUACUGUUUCUAUUUUGCAUUCGCAUCUUCUUUGAGUAGCUUAUCAUCAGUCACUAAUUUAACUGUUCAUGUUAUUAUGACUAUACUGAUUUACUAGACCUUAUUAGUAGCAACGGUGUUGCUUUGCCGUUUUUUGUAAAAUCAUUCUUAGCGACUCACUGUGUCAUGAUUCUCUGCUAUUUUACUGCAUUGUGUUACACUUGCAAUGCAUUACAUCGGUUGUUAUGGUGUGGAAAAAUAUGUGGAAAUUUGCUUUUUAGGAUAGCGAGUAUUAGCAGGAGAUAUUCUUGCAGGUUGACGUGGGAGUAUCCAGGUCUUUCUUAUGUUUGAACAAUCACCGGAGAAAUUAUUCCAAGGGCCGAUUACCCGAUUAGGGUCAGUCAUUCCAAGGGCUUUUCUGAGAGUUAGAGGCUCCGGUAGCCUGCGAGCAAGCUCUCCGGGCGCUUUGGCGGCGGAGCGGGAAAAGGAAGAAGAGCUUGCAACUGAGUCUCUGGAAUUUGAAUUCCACCUCCAACUCCCCUGUGGUUCCCCGUCGACUGAGCUGCCAGAUUUCCGCCAAUCAGCGCGAAGGGUAAACGAGCGCGAAACAACAGCAGCCAAGAAAAACACCAGCCAAGGGUAAUGACGUCAUUACUAAUGCCAUCUCCACCAAUCAGCAUGUCGCAUCGACUUUUUAGAUGCAGAUAUUCAAAUUCCAGAGACGUAGUUGCAAGCUUUCCCUCUUUAUUUCGCCAUUUCGCCCCGCCAGAGCGCCCGGAGAGCUUGCUCGCAGGUCAAGGCUCCCGAAAACCGGCUCCAUCUAAUCAUUAAUAUUAGUCUUGAUUUUCCUUGUACUUCAGGCAUACCAGUCCUGGGUAAGGGCCAAUGGAAGGGAGAAUCCUUUACCUGAUCUUUCAAUGAGCGUGGAUCAACUUUUCUUUAUCGGAUUUGCAAUGGUAUGUUUUAACACCCCCGCGUUCUUUCCAACGUCGCAAAAGUGAAGGGGCUGGGGAAGUUUCUGCUUCAGCGUGUAAAUUUUUUUUUUUUUUUUCAUGUGUGCAGGUUCAUGUUUUCCUGCCUGUUUCGCUUUAUGCAUUUUCUUUUCACGUACAAUUUUUCAUGUAAAUAAUUUCUUUUUUUCCCCAACGCCUCCCCACGCCCCCUUCACUCCUCUAAUUGUCCUUCCGUAAAGCUCCCUGGUGAGUCCAUGCAUUCUCACGCGGAAUUUUUAUCAAAUUGAAUCCUGAAAUAACGCUACCACUACUUGUUUGUUCAAACCAUAGGCUUGUACAUCUUGGUAAGGGAUUUUAGGAAGGCCUAUAAACAGAGGGGCUUAUAUCCGAGGGGGACUUACAACCAGAACAAAAAAGAGCUUCGAAACAAGCGAUAGCAGUGCUGAUCAAAAGACAUUUGUAAUUUACUGAUUUUUAAUUAAGAUUCAAUGCGUCUUAAUAAAUUGAAUUCAUAUCAGUAUAUUUUUAAUAAGAGUGGGGUUUAUACCCAGAUGGGGCCCAAAAUCGGAUGUAUUUUUUGUUUACUGGUAGAUGGGGGAUGAUUCAAGGUACCUUCUUGACUUUCUCAAAGUCCUUCACUUCUCAUUUCCGGUUCUGGUAGUUGGCCUCCGCACGAAGGAGCUCUCGCUCUCUAGCUCACUUUUGCCUCAGAAAACGUUAAAAAAUCUACCGCUAGCGCUUCGCACUCGUGAAAAUAAUUGAGCUCGACUUGUAGGCAAGUCUAGGUACUUUCUUGCCCCGAGGGAUGUUGAAAUUUCGAAUUGAUCGGCGCAUAAUCCGUUUGAUGACAUGCUGUCCGUCGAGAGCGAAGACGAAUUUUAAAAUACCCAUAUCAUGACCUUACGGUAUAUUUGCUUUCCUUCCGACAACGUUUGUUGAAAUAGCUGUUUAAUUUCUCGGCGUUAUGGCACUUACAACAUUAUUUCAUGAGAGAAAGGUUGUUGCGUGCCGGUAUGUGGAGUUAAGUGUAGGUGUUUUCAAUGCUACUACUGAUCAAGUCUGAUUUCUACAGCAAAACAUUUUUGUAUACCUUAAAAUCGUAGUAUUUCUCAUGGCUAAUCCAUACAAUAAAAAUCCACUUCAUAAUGGACCUCGUUCGAGAUAAGAAAUGAUCUUUUGCAUAGGUAUUAACCAAAUAUCUGAUAUUUUCUCCAAACAGAACGGGGACUAGGAAAGAAGCUAAAACACGAGCAAAGCCGAUUCUCAACCGGCGAACGCGCUAUAAAAGUUUCGACCAGCGCAACAGUUAGAUUAUAUUAAACUGAGCCAGCUAUGAGUAACUAUCAUCUUAAGUAUAGUAUUGAAAGUUUUAUAACCAGCAAAAAGAGUAAAUAACGUGGUUCUUUACCUUUUAUCCUGUUAAUGAACUGUCAGUUUCAUCCGUUGUGGUCAAAGCAAAAUAUUUUGCAGGGUCUCUCGUUGCACUGUUUCGUAAAGCUUUAGCUUUCCAACGUUACCCUAGUCCAGAAGAUACAAUUAUCAAACACUUAAUUUUUGAACUUGUCGAAAUUAAAACGUUCUGUAGAGCAAAAAUAUUUCUGGAGAAGUUGGAAAUUGCGACUUUUCUUUUAGAAUGCAAAUGAAGAAACAACUUCAGCAGCCGUAAAUAUUCAAAAAUUUCCCGCGCGGGAGCAGGCGGGAAGCAUGACCACUGACGUUACGUGUAAAUGGUGACGUCAGAAGUUUUCAAUUUUGCCGCUCAUUUUUUACAAAGAAAAAAGGGAAGAUGUGAUUUGAGGGGAGAAAUGCCAAAACAUAUGGCCUCAAAGGGGAACAGGCUUAAAAAUAAACCUUCCUUUACACAAUAAUAAUGUAAUUGACCAGAAAUGUAUUAAACAAAACCCUUAAACGUUAUACGAAAUGACCAUAAAUGUAAUAAAACCCUCCAAUGCAAUGAGAACCGUCUUUGCUCGAAAGAGCGUCCCCUUUAAAUUUGACCCAAAUAUGGGCUACAGAAAAGUUAAAUCUUCCCGAGGAUGUAUAGCCUCGUUCCUCCCACAUUAUUGUGUACCCAACAGCAACCCUCUCUUGGUUUAACCUUUUUUGAGGGGAGAGGAGGAGGGGGUAAUCACCACGACCGGGCAACAAAAACCAAAAAUAAAUAAUAAAACAGAAGUAAAGAGGGGGUUAUGACAUAUUUCAGGAAAGUAAAGGAGCUUAUUAUAUAUUACAGGAACUGCCCAUCAAUACUUAAUUAAAGUGGGUUUAUGAUAUUUUAAAGGAGUUAUCCAUCAAUAAUUUAAUCGUACAGUUCGCACCUUAGUUGAUAAAACUUCACCAAUUUAUUCUGCGUGCACCCUCUUCCGGCAAAUCGAGAUUUUAUGUGGUAUUGUAAUUGUAUAUUUCAACUGUAAGUACAUUGCUUAUCACGAUACUGACGCGCGUCCUGCACUCGAGGACCACACGCGCUUAGCUUAGUCCAUUGAGAACGCAAUGCUUUUCAGAGUUUCACCAACAAACCCACUGAAUCAGUGAAAAUGCCUGAAGUCUCUGUAAAAUAGUUUCAGAGAGUAGCCUGAGUAUAUGUAGAAGUGAAAGCAAAAUCAAACUCGUUUAUUACUAUGUAUGAAAAUAUGUUCGCCUUGACGUCCAACAUAUGUUUUUUCAUGUUAUUUUAGACACAGUGUAGUGUUUACAAGAAGAAGGCGGCUCUCUACCAAUUGAAGAGGGAUGUUCACUCGUAUCCUAAAUACAGGUUAAUAUUCUAGACAUUCUAUACUUAUUAUUUAGACGCCAUAGCUCUUUUUCGAAUACGCGCCUGGAAAGUUUACAAAAACUAGUUUGUUAGUGCCCUUUUGAUCAGACAUUAUAUACGUGAAAUGAUGUGAUCAGCAGUAAUUUAGUAUUAUAAAUAAGAAACAUCGGAAUUAACACGUCACGAGACAUUUAGGGCAAAAACGGAGUACGCAGGCCACCCCUAUAAUGCGCUUUGUUGAUAUGUGUGAAGGUUAUACUGCAAAACAGUCGGUUUUUUCCUCAAAAUCAGUACAGAAAUCGGUAAACCGUGGCGUAAGAAAUCUUAAGCGCGCGAAGCGUGCGAGCCUCACACUCUCCCCAAUCUCGCUCUCCGUUUUGAGCCUCGUUCCAGACCUUCCGUUUGACUGCUCUCGUGUACUUAAAUAUGUAAAAAUAGGGACUGUGAAGGUCGACAAGUAAAACGGUAUGAAAUGCACUCUUAGCGCUGAUUUAUAUUGAUGUUUCAAAUUGCUGCAAUAGUUUGUUUACAACAACAAAGAAAACCCAUCAAGCAUCAAUUGUAACUAUUUAUAAAAUAACAGUGUCCUUUUGUUCAUUCCAGAGUCAUUGGCUCGCUGUCCAACUUCAAGAAAUUUGCGAAGGCUUUCAAUUGCCCGUCUGGAAGCGAAAUGAACCCAGUGAAUAAGUGCUCUGUAUGGUGA